GACAAAAUUUGGAAGCCGGCAGACAUAGAUAUUUGUAAUAAACGCCAAAACAACUAGUUCAUUUGAACUUAUUUUUCUGAGUCUUUUAUCUCCAGCUUCUAAACUGGCCAAGCCUUGCUAACUUCAAAUCCUGUAAAACAUGACAGGAUCAUCAGUUCUCUCUGUUUUGUGCAUAUAUGUUGUCUUAACUUUUGGUUCAUUUAUUACAGUCAUUAAAUCACUAGAAACACAGACACAGUCCCAUGAACACUACUCCUAUGAUAGAGUAAUAAAUCUACCUGGUCAACCAUUAACUCCAUCAGUCUCCCAAUUCUCUGGAUACAUCACAGUCAAUAAAGAUCAUGGUAGAGCUCUUUUUUAUUGGUUCUUUGAAGCUCAGUCUCACCCCUCUAAAAAACCACUGCUCCUUUGGCUCAAUGGAGGACCUGGUUGUUCGUCAAUUGGGUACGGUGCAGCUGUUGAGUUGGGACCUCUUAAAGUCAAUAAAAAUGGUGGCCUUAACUUCAAUCCCCAUUCUUGGAACAAAGAAGCGAAUUUGCUCUUUGUGGAGUCCCCAGUUGGAGUUGGUUUUUCCUAUACGAAUACAUCAUCCGAUCUUGAUAUACUGGAUGAUCAGUUUGUUGCGGAGGAUACUUAUAAUUUCUUGGUAAAUUGGCUGCAAAGGUAUUCACAAUGGAGUAGCCAUGAUUUUUAUAUAUCAGGAGAGAGUUAUGCAGGACACUAUGUGCCUCAACUUGCAGAGCUUAUACAUAACCGAAAUAAAGAUAUAUCUGAAAACCCUUUUAUUAAUCUGAAAGGCUUCAUAGUUGGUAAUCCAGAAACUGAUGAUAGCUAUGAUUACAGAGGUAUAUUAGAGUAUGCAUGGAGUCAUUCAGUAAUACCAGAUGAGGUUUACGAUACAGCAAAAAAUGUAUGUAAUUUUGAGAACAACAACUGGUCCAAGGAGUGUAAUGCUGCCAUGGAAAUAGUAUUUGACAAAUACAAGGAGAUUGAUAUCUACAAUAUUUAUGCACCAAUUUGCCUUAUAAAUACCACUUCUUCCGUGGUAGGUAGUGAUAGCCAUGUGUCGUCUUUUAAGGCACAAUCUCAGGAUUACAAGCGUCCAAUAAGGAUCCCUGCUGGUUAUGAUCCAUGCUACACUCCAUACGUGCAGGAGUACUUCAAUAGGACGGAUGUUAAAAAAGCGUUUCAUGCCAAUACUAGUAUAGAUUAUAAGGUUUGCAGCGAUCAUGUAUUUAACUUAUACAACUAUACUAUCUCUUCUAUCUUACCUAUCUACACAGAACUGAUCAAGAGUGGGCUUAAGAUAUGGAUUUACAGUGGUGAUGCUGAUGGCAGAGUCCCGGUUAUAGGGUCACGAUACUGCAUUGAGGCUCUCGGUCUGCCUCUCAAGUCUCCAUGGCGUUCUUGGUUUCACAAUCAACAGGUGGGAGGGAGAAUAGUAGAGUACGAAGGCCUAACAAUGGUGACAGUUCGAGGGGCUGGACACUUGGUUCCGCUAAACAAGCCUAGUGAAGCCCUUUCGCUUAUCCACUCUUUUUUGUCCGGACAACCUCUUCCGAAAGACAGAUGAAGAACAUUCAUUGAUGGAUUAUGGCUCACGGCAACACAGUAAUAGCAUUUCAGCAGCCAGAUAAGAGGAGAUGAAUGGAUAUUUUUCGCGAUUAUUAGUUGCGAAAGACUAAUACAACAGUUACUGCAACAAAUGCUCGACCAUUUACAAUAAUGUAGUUGCUCUGGCAUUGCUGUAGUGUGUUUGGUUUUACGUUUGAUAUUUGAGUGUGAAAUCAUUUGCAAGUGAAUUGAUGAUCAUAUGUUGCAAUAAA